UGCUGGACCCGUGACUCGGGAACUGCAAAUUCUUCAUCUUCUUCGCCGUCUUCUCCAUCUUCUUGAAUCUCCAUCUCAUCAAUCUUCAAAUCCUGCCUUCACCAUCAUCAUGCACUCCAAAUAAACUGGCCUCACGUGGCUCUCCACGCCAUUGCUAUGUCAAUUCCCCUCGGCACCCUUGUCAUCACAUCUCGGUGAUCUGUCUAUUGAAUUCCUUCUCUCUGCCCCAUGAAUGAAUUCUAUGCAGAAAUGAGAGCGAUCUUGGCCUUUGCGCUUAGAAAUUCUUCAUAAAUCUGAUGUGAGAGGCGAAUUAGCUAAUGCUUCCCAAUUUGCAUUAGCUAUCAUGAGUGAGAUUGAUUCUGAAUCUCAAUAAUGCCUGCGAACUACGAUUGCUGGUGAAGUUGGAGUUGUAGGGGAACGUACAAAGGAACGUGUGUGCACAAGUCUCUGAUACGUCUGUCGAUCUACCAGCAGUUGGGUGCGAAUUCACAUCUGGUUUGUGUUUGGGCAUUGGGCCUAGUAUGCGUGGAGAAGACAAGGAAAUCAAUGCCCAGCCAAUGUCGCCAGCUGGGAAAAAGAGGCAACUCGUGGAGAGCGGUGGAGGCGCACGAAAGAAGGCUGUGAACAGUCCUAGCCUCGAGAACUCCUGUAGUGUAAGGAGCUUCUUGAAACCAAUGGAUGGAGGGACAGCGGCAGACACAGUCUUUGAGUUCAAAUCUGGAGAUGAUGCUUCAGCACAACACGUCGAGCUAAACUAUGACGAACAGACGGGCACUGUCGCUCUGGAUGAUAGUGCUGAUGAGUCCGAUCCCAUUUGCCUCAAGCGGAAGAGGUCUUUGAGAGUGACUACUUUGAACCAUUUACGCUCCGGAAGAGAGCAAUCGAUCAGGGCAAACACAAGGGGUUGUAGUAAAAAAAGCAGAGCCGAUGCACAGAAGAAGAUUAGUGAGCAAAAUAGGGAGCCAUCAGUUAUUCUUGCAUGGAAGCACCGGUGCAUGUAUGAAAAUGAUGGAGAGGAAAUCGAUACACUGGUUAAUAAACGGGAUGAACGUCGGAGGUUGGAAAGACAAAAUGAUCUUCAACAUCAGGAUCACAAGCAGGAGGAUGCAGCUGACAGCACCGAAAUUGAGGCCUCAGAAAACGUAAUGUCGUCGCGCAAUGAAGCUGAAGCUACUUCUGAGCAGGUCACAGAGCUCAGAGAUGAGUCUCAAACAUUAGGGCUACCUGUAGUGACCGAAAGUAGUGCCUCACACGUGGACAAAAGGAGGUUGUCACCAGGAGACCUCCAAUCCCUGACUGGAAGUGAAGAUCGGCCUGUGCACGCUGUCAGUGGAGAAGGAGCUGAAGGUAGCAACACACCUGCUGAAAUCGACAGCAAGCCUAGGAAGUCGCCUGCUAGACAGAGAACUAGUGAUAGCGGCAUUGAAAUUGCAAGUGGAUCUAUUCCCACGGUUGCCCAUCUUGGUGUGAGCGGCCUGCUUGGUGGCGAUGCAGGCAUUCAGUCUAGGGCUGGCAGCACCCAGGCUUUUAUAAUUGGAGACCAACAUACAGACCCGUCUUUCUUUUCAGCUCAAGAGCACUCCAUGGUCCUUGACGGUAUUGCCGAAGGUGUUACAACAAAUUCCAUUGCUGCAAGAACAUCUAAUGAAUCAAUUUCUCAAUCGACCCUCAAUGAUAUUUGCACUAAGCCAAAGGCCCAUGGAGCAGACAAAAAGAAAUACAUUCAUCAAAGCGGCACAUCAUAUUUUGAGAGGCAUGGAGAUGACUUGAUAGUUGAUCUUGAUCAGCAAGAAGAUGGAACAAAUGGCGUGGAACCCGCAGUAGAACAGCUUGGUGUCGGUGAUUCAGCAGGAUGUGGAGUACCUGACAGUUUUCCAGAGAGCUCUAACCAGCCCUACGGCAGCUACCCAACGGCUCGAUGCUGUGGCACGAGUGAACAGGAUUGGGGCCAGUCAAGUGGAUCAGUAGUGCCUGUUGUUGCAACUUACUUGGAGCUUGAAGUGUGCGAGGAGCAGGGUGAAAGCAUAGGUGUUCAAAAUGAAGUUGCUCAUCGAAGAGGGAAGCAGAAAGUGUUCGAGUUGAGCGACGAGGAAGGAGACAGUAAUAGAGUGAGUAUCGGGCGGCGGGGGAUUUCUGGGCAACACAGUUCUUAUGGACUUAAAGACCGGGUUAGGUCGUACGGAAAUGGAGGUGGUUCCACUAUUAGUGGAGCGGAGAUCAGCAGUGUUCAUGUAGGAACAAGAUUUGCAGGUGCAGGACGCCACAUUACCUCGCCAGAGUACCCCAGGCUUGUGGAUUAUGAUGACACAGAUGGGGGUACUGUGGAAAGCAAUGCUCCAUUUCAAGCCAGUGCUGGAUUAGAUGCUGAUUUUGAGGAGCAACUUAAAACCUACCGUAGACGCCGAACUCGUAACCAAGGCAAAGCCAUUGCGGGAGAAGACAGCGGUGAAGAGGUUCGAGGUCCAACAACCAGGCGAGAUGGGGAGUCUAGCGAUGUGGACAGUCAUGAAGGACAACUGGGUGGAGAAGUACGACGGGAGGUUUUCAUCCCCAUCUACUGCCCAGUUUGCAAUGAGGAGCUUGAAGCACACAUUUCAAAUAACAGAAUCAAUGAUCAUAUUGACAAGUGUCUCGGCUGGUUUUAGAGUACAUAUUGCGCUUCCACCUCACUCUUGGUAGCCUUGGCUUCCAGGCUUAAGAUAAUUAAGACCAAGUCCUUUGUCUUGGGCCAGCGGCAUUGACUUGAAGAAGGGGUUUGAACAUGGAUGCAUCUGCGCGUUCAGUUUUUGUCCAUGUGUAACUGUACUUAGCCAGAUCAUUCUCAUGUUUCGUAGCUUCUGCAGAGUGCUUUUUGCAUUUUGCCAGUUUGUCAGAUAGUUGGUGGAAGUUGCUUAUCCUGACGGCAUAUUAGCUCUCUCCCGACAUUGUUCCUUUUUCUGUGUACAGUUGAUUGAAAUGGAUUGGCAUGCCAUGUUUGAUAUUAUGUGCAAUGCUGCCAUAGAGAUUAUUUGAACAGGUGAUAGGCGGUCUUACAUGGGUCUAUUUUAGCUGCGGUGGGACGAAAAUCAUGACUCAGACGUGUGUGAACGCACGCUGUUGCUUAUGCAGGUCAUUGAAAACCCAUCCAUAGUGGAAACUCUUUCAUGGAACUGUUGCAAAGUUGUGACUUAACAUUCUGUCAGUAUGCGAAACAACGAUGAAAAGCUUUGCUGACAGCAGACACUCCUGGAAAUGACAAUAAACUAGGAUUUCAACACA